AUGGCAUUGGUAUCGAGACUUACAGCAAAUCUGUCGGAGGCAUACGAACCAACACGCCACAAACACCAGAAGAAAAAGCCGCCGAACUCGCCGCCCUUGAUCAAAAACUCUACAAAGUACAACUCGCAACGAACGAGUCCAUGUCGCUUGUUCCAUGGAGAGAAGAUCGCGUACACAUUGCACCUGUUGCAGACAUCAUUGACUCGAUCUCCAGGGCUGCUCCCAUUACUCCGCUCGAUGUUCAUCAGGUUCCUUACACCUUUCCGGACCAAGUGUCUUCCUGAUUUGCGGGAAGAGGCCACUACAUCCUUGCCUAAGGUGAAUUUAACAGCGGACAGCGACGUGGUCUACAUUAACACCACCGUCACCGGCGGCUUGAUAUGCCAUCAAGGCCUCCAAGAUGCGCACAACCUUGACACCGGCGUGAUAUAUAAUGACACCACAGUCACCGGCACCUUCAUGGGACAUCAAAUCUUCGAAGAUGCAUACAACCAAGUCACAUCCGCUUGA